AUGGCGGAAUGGGUUUGUAGAGCCCUUCGAGACGGUGCGUUGGAGGGAGAGCAUGCACCCGCUCUCACAAUCAAGGACUCUAUAGCAACACCUCUCGGCUUCGACGCCUUCUGCCACGUUCUCUCCCAGCUCUCCACCAACAUUUCAGCCGAAAAAUCUCAGUCGCGAGCUCUGGUGCUCGUCGCGUUUUCUCGGAGUCCUUCAUAUUAUGUAGACUUGUUGAAGAGGAGAGGACUCGAUAUUUCUUCAUCUCAGCAGUGGAUUCGGAUUUUGGAUUGUUACACGGAUCCUCUUGGUUGGAGAGAGAGGCUCAUGGAGUGUGGAAGUGCUAAAAAUCUCUCUCAUGAAGCUUCCAACGUAGCUAGUACUUGCAGGAAUGUGAAGGAUGUGGACAAGUUGUUCUCUUCAGUUAUUUCACUUGGAAAAGGAUUGGUUGGACAAGGGAAAGUUCGUUUCAGUGUUGCAAUAGACUCGGUAAAUGAAAUGUUAAGACAUGCAUCUUUGUCAUCAGUUGCUGGCCUUUUGAGUAACCUUCGUUGCUGUGAUCAAAUUUCAAGUAUCUUUUGGUUUCUUCAUGCCGAUCUUUGUGAAGAAAAGGUCACUGCUGUUAUUGAAUAUAUGUCCUCUAUGGUGGCCAGCAUAGAACCACUAAUCCCAUUUGCAAAUCGACAAAGAGGUAACUCAGAGAAUCUUUCUUUAGUUGAACGGAAUUUUACAAAAGGGAAAUUUCAUGUCCGAUGCAAACGUAGAAAUGGACGUGUACGAGUGAUGUUUGAAGAGAUUCACAUUGGGCAGUCAGGCAUCGACUUCACAUCCCCUUCAUCAGAAGAUGGAUUAGUCAAUCAAGUCAAUCAAGCCCUUUUGCCGAAGGUGCAUUUCAAUCUACAACUGUCAGAGAAAGAGCGAAAUGAUAGGGCCAAAGUUGUACUUCCAUUUGAACACCAAGGAAAUGGUAAACCUGUAGAAAUUUAUGAUGGUCGAAAAUCUCUGAUGGAUAGCAAAUAUGAGGCAGCACCUGUUUCGACUGGGAAUUCAAAAAUUAAUGAUGACUCUAGCAAGGGUGAAAUAAUAUAUUUUCGUGAUUCGGACGAUGAGAUGCCAGAUUCUGAUGAGGAUCCUGAUGAUGAUUUGGACAUAUAG